AUGGCACCCAACAAUGAUAUGAUGGCCAUCGUCGACAAAUGGUUUACCGAGCAAACGGACUUGAAAUUCAAGAUAGAAUUCAAUGAUGUCGCUGAAUACGUCAACAUAUUUCUGUCCUCGGUCAAUGAAGCAAAAUCGAAAGAAGACAUAUGUUUAAUGCUCGAUGCUAGUCUAUUGGAUGCGCCUCAAAGCGUGGUCGAAAAGCUUGAAAAAACCGAAGACCAAGAGCAAUCUGUCAAAGUAGUCAUCCUGCUUAUUGAGAACGGAUUUCCUCCACCAGCGCGUUUGCGUCGUUCGAUAUUUCGUAUAUUGUCGACGGAACAAGGAGCAGAUCUAACAAACCAUCUGCUAGAGCUUCCAUCAGCAGUGGUGGACCCCUUUAGAGAAAAUUUGACGCUAUUGCUGGAAUUCAUGUAA